UCAGGUUGGCAGUGGCUUUCAGGAAUGACAUGCUCACCGUUGACAUUUUUGAGGCCAAGUGUCUCGUGGGAAAUGAUCAUGGAAUCUCCAGCUGUUAUGUUAAGGUGGGAAUGGCACCAGACAGCGAUGGGGCCACCCGCAAGACAACAAAGGUGGUAUCCGACUGCUUCUGCCCAGACUUCCAGGAGACGUUUUUCUUUGCUGUUGGUCAAGAGGAGAAAAAGAAGAGGCUUCUGUUUACCGUGUGGAAUUGUGGAGGUUCCGACAGGCAGCUUGUUGGUUGCAUGAGUUUUGGAGUGUGUUCACUGAUCAACUUAGAGAAGCAGAUCAGUGGCUGGUACUACCUCCUGGGGGUGGAACUAGGCAGGACUAAACACCUGCGGGUGGAUCCCCCAGGCAGCAUGCAUGCCUGUGAUGCUGUCGUAAACACGACUGCAAACCAUGCUGCUGCACCAGGCAACAAAAGCCCAGAGACAAUGCAAUGCCUAACGGUGACCAUCGUUCGAGGAAAGGAUGGCUAUGGGUUCACCAUCUGCUCUGACGCGCCUGUGCGAGUUCAAGCUGUUGAUCCAGGUGGUCCUGCAGAUCUGGCUGGCCUGAAGCAGUCGGACACGCUGCUGCAGUUAAAUGGCCAGCCUGUGGAACAGUGGAAAUGCGUUGACCUGGCUCAUGCCAUCAGAAACAGUAGCAGUGAGAUCAUUGUGGUGGUCUGGCGUUCCGGCUUUGAGGGUCUGAUCCACCACCCCCCAUUUAAAACCUCCGGUUUCGACAUGCCACUCUCUCCACCCAAAAACAAGCAGAAGGACAAGACACCCCCAGUGCCACCCCUACCAGCCCACCACCGAGCUAGCCGGCGAGUGCUGGUUAAUGGGUCGGAGGGUGUGCGGGUGGGGGGUGUCGCCGUCCCGUGGGGAGACAGGCGGGAGGAGAGUGAGGUCAGCAACAGGACACACACCCACACGCUCAGAGGGACACGUGUCAAAGCCUCCAAUGGGGACGAUUACAUCAUCCUGUCACCCAUCAACCCAGGAGGACAGAUCCUGAGGCCGGUAUACGGAGAGGAACACGGAACUCUGGCUGGGAGGAUGUACCCCCCCAGGCAGGCCCCUGUUCCCCAGGCCCAGGUCACCAGUGCCCAGGCUGGCCCCGGUCUAGCUAGCAGAACCAGCUUGCUACGCUGCUCUAGCAACAACAAGUCCACAGCCUCUCCUGUUGGGACCUGCCAGAAGAGCUCCAGCUUCUCCAACUACCAGAACUGCACCAUCGUGAGGUCGCACAUGCCCUCAAACACCAACUAUGGCACCUAUGUCAAAGUGGCUCCCAAAAUUCUCAUAUUUCCCAUCUUUGUGCAGCCGCUGGAUUUGUGUAACCCAACCAGAUCGCUGGUGGUCUCCGAGGAACUGACUCUGCAUGAGAGCAAACAUCUCUCAGUCAAGGUGACUGUCUUCAUCUAUACGGACUUGAUGUUGGUGACCAGGGAGGAUGAAGCUGGUCGCUGUAACGUGCUGCAGAAUCCUCUCUUCCUCAGACAGCUGCAGCUGCAGGAGGAUCACAGUGAGGAGCUUCGCUUCUACCUGAUCCACAUGACAGAGAAAUGUGACUGUUUGCUGAGUCUGGAGGCAUAUUCUCUAGAGCAGAAGAGGAGAGUAUGCCAGUAUCUGAGUGACAACAUCGACAAACAGCUCCGGCUUCAUCACAGUGAGACCUCUGGCCCUCCUGAACAGAUGCUGGAGCCUAAGCUGGCAGAGCAAUAUGAUGUGGGGGCUCACCGGCACCCCUUGGUGGAUGAGCCUUCACUGGGCAGCCUGUCUGAUACUGGGGUGACCACAGCGAGCAGCCCACAGCCCAGCGAGCUCACGCUCCUGGAAGAGACACAGUACCUGGUGCCCGUGAUGCCUUCCUCCUCCACCGAGGCAGAGGAGGGAAGAAGCAUGGAAGGCAGCCUGACUGAGGCCUGGGGAGAGGAAGCGGAGGCGAGGAAGACCCCAGAGGAUGAAGAGGGGGAGGAAGACCUGGGCGCGGCUGGCGGAGACGAGAAGCUGCCAGCAACAGAAGAGGACAACGCCUCAGAAGCUCCUGACACCAACGCGCCUCCCUCCUCCUCUUCCUCGUCCUUCAUCAUCCCAGAGCUACGCUUGGACCGGUCCUUCAGCACCGACGCCCUCUCCACACCUGGCACAGAAGAGGAAUACGAAGAGGACGAGGAGGAUGAGGAGGACGACGAGGAGGAAGAAGACGACAGCGACGACAACUUCCUGGAGGGCGGCAAGAGGCGGAGCAUGGUGGACGCGGGUGGGUGCGAGAAACAUGGUGGCGGCGGCCUCAGCGUCCAGAACUCGCUCCGCAGGCGCACACACAGCGAGGGCAGCCUCCUCCAGGACCCGCGCACCACCUGCUUCACCUCUGACAACGCCAUCAACUGCCUGGAGGUGUCUGCCGGGAGCAAGGGAGGCUGGACUCUGCCCUCGCCCAAAACCUUGAAGAAGGAGCUGACCAAGAACGGAGGAUCCAUGCACCAGCUCUGCAUGCUCUUCUCUGGCCGGAAGCUGAGCGCCAGCUCCGACUGCGGCUGUGACGUGGGCCCUGACGGCAACAAGAAGAAAAAGCCCAAGAAUCUGGCCAAAGACAUGAAGAACCGGUUGGCUUUCCUGAGGAGGAGAAAUGACUCUCCUGGAAGCACUCCGGCUGGCAAGCUGGACAAGACCAUGAAGUCUGUCAAGCCCACUCCUGAGGAGGCUCUGAAGUGGGGAGAAUCCCUCGACAAGCUGCUCAGCCACAAAUAUGGUCUGGCAGCGUUCAGAGCUUUCCUGCGCACAGAGUUCAGUGAGGAGAAUCUGGAAUUCUGGUUGGCGUGUGAGGAUUACAAGAAAGUCAAAUCGCAGUCCAAGAUGGCAUCAAAAGCUAAGAAAAUCUUUGCAGAGUACAUCGCCAUCCAGUCUUGUAAAGAGGUGAACCUCGACUCGUACACCAGGGAGCACACCAAGGAGAACCUGCAGAAUGUCACGCGCUCCUGCUUCGACCUGGCCCAGCGGCGGAUAUACGGCCUGAUGGAGAAGGACUCGUACCCCCGCUUCCUGCGCUCGGAACUCUACGUGGACUUGGUGAACCAGAAGAAGGGCAGCGCCACGUCUACGGCAUCCUCGUCGUAAUGUGGGGGGUUGGGGAGGGGGGGCCGCCCGCGCGCCCAAACAGACACUAGCAACUAGCAUCGCGGAGGUUUCGUUCACUUCGAGUUCUGUUCUCAUUCGCCAUCCUGUCCUACGAUGUGCCGAGGCAAGACGCACUGAGGAGGAGAGAGGAAGAGAGAUGUUCACAGGGGCCGGCAUGGAGAAAUGCAAGAGGUGUGAAGAGACGUUGUGGCCCAGUCCGGCGGGCUACGCACAGAGCCAGACGAGUGGGAUGUCCCCAUGACGAGCGCUGUCUGUUGUCGUCGUCCCCCGUUUUUUAUUUAUGUUUUCCCAGAUGUACUGGAAAAAGGAGUGCAGGGGGCAUGUCUUGCUUCGACACAGAGACAGUCGGGCACCGUUUGUUGCUUCUUGUCGUUUACGCCUCCCCUUUCUUCCCUCGCUGCAUGGCCUGGGCCUCCUCCCGCUCCUCCCGUGCCUGCGCUAUUGGUACGACGCAGAUCCCGCUUUCGUGUUUUUUUGCAAUGACUCUCCUGGACGACCUGAAGCUGCUUAGUUGAGCAACAGGGGAGCCCUGGGUGAUGCGCACACCUAGCCUGUUAACCCCACCCUGUGUGGCUGUGCACUUCCCAAUUAAAGCACACUUCUGAAGCAUCAGCCUGGCUGUCUCAUCUGUCCAUCCCCCCCAUGCCCUGACGACAUGGUCUAGUCCUAGCAAGACAUUUGUUGGGUGGGAAAGUAAACAGCCACAGAGGACUGGACCAAACUUGGAUGGCUAGGGGGGGGCAACUCGGCUUUCAAGUGAUUGGAAAUCAACACUCUGCUGGUCUCCAAAAACUGUACAAAGCAUGUGAGCGUGUUUGUGUAGCCAAUAAGCAGUCGGUUGUAGUUCUACAGUAGAGUGAGUACUCUUACGACUGAAUGGCACGUGGCUAUGGAGCAUUCAGGCUUGUUCAAGCUUUCAGCUUCUAGUUUUGUUUUGUUUUUUCUUUUUAAUGCAUAAUGUUCUUGUAGGGCUCAAACCUGCACUCCAUAGAUAGAUGGGGAAUAAGACCAGUUGAGGUCUGUCCCACUUUUUUUUGGUUUGAAUUUUUUAUAAUGAGAGACAAUGCUUUAUCUGUACAAAUGUUUGUGUAUUUAUUUAGGUCCUUGCUGGGUUUGGCGUUCAUUGCACUUAGCUCAAAGCCCCACCCAACCCUUAAACCCAGGCCCCUCCCACACGCCCCAUCACCUCCACUCACCUCCACUACCCCUACCCCCUUAUACCCAUGAUCCUUCACUGUCCUGAUGUAAGUGCAAUAUUUAGUAUUUUUUUUUGUAUCUUUUGGAUAAGUUUCGCUUUGAGACAGAAUGGGUGGAGCUCUGUAUUUAAUUUUUAUUUGCAUUGCAAAAAAAAACCCAAACAAAAGAAUAACCUGCUUGAAGACUGAGUUGCAGUUUGAGAGUAAUUAGUUGUCAGUUAUUCUAACUGUGUAUUCCCCGGCAGCAGGCAGCCAGGGCCUUUGGAUGUAAAUAUAAUUCUUAAGAAAAAAGUGAAACGAUGAAAGACAAACCCAAUGUUGUGGGGAAACCAUGAAGCAUGGUUGUAUCUAUGUAAAUACUUAGAGCAUCAAUGCUAUAAAAUGACAUGUAAUGUUAUCAUUGGGAAUGAGUGGGGAAGGUCCACGUCUUCCUUGGUCAUACACUGCUUGUAAGGAGUUUUAUGAAAUGUAUUUUAUCAUUUUCACUGUUUACAAUACAAAUGCAUCUCCUAAGAUAGCAAGCAAAAAAGAAAGUAGAAAAAUUCAUGUGGUGUCAUUGCAAAAAGAGGACAAUAAAAUGUUUGACUGGCUAAAAUCAA